UGGGGGGGGCGGGUUGCCACAGCCGCCAUCUUUGAUUCCGCGGUAGCGGUGGCGGCAGCGGGGCGCCGCAUCUGGGGAGUGGCUCUCCCCUCCCCCUCCCCCGGUUCUGUGGCGGCGACUCCUCCCACUGGGGGGGUGGCGCGACGGCAGUGGCAUCUACGGCCAUGGCGGCGACUGCUGCUAACCCCGGAGAAAUGGGCUGUGGGGGCAGCCGGUCUGCAUCAGGGAUGGCUGGGCUGGAGGCCGCGGCUCGGACCCAGGAUCUGGAGGUAGGAGCAGGCUGGAAGAACUCUAGAGGCAGAGAAAUGACAUCAGAUGUACCAUCACUGGGUCCAGCCAUUGCCUCAGGAAACCCUGGACCUGGGAUUCAAGGUGGAGGAGCCAUUGUCCACAGGGCUAUUAAGCGGCGACCAGGGUUGGAUUUUGAUGAUGAUGGAGAAGGGAACAGUAAAUUUUUGAGGUGUGAUGAUGAUCAGAUGUCUAAUGAUAAGGAGCGGUUUGCCAGGUCGGAUGAUGAGCAGAGCUCUGCGGAUAAAGAGAGACUCGCCAGGGAAAAUCAUAGUGAAAUUGAACGGCGGCGACGGAACAAGAUGACAGCCUACAUCACAGAACUGUCAGACAUGGUGCCCACCUGUAGUGCCCUGGCUCGAAAACCAGACAAGCUAACCAUCUUACGCAUGGCAGUCUCUCAUAUGAAAUCCUUGCGAGGAACUGGGAAUACAUCCACUGAUGGCACCUACAAGCCUUCUUUCCUCACUGAUCAGGAACUCAAACAUUUGAUCUUGGAGGCAGCAGAUGGCUUUCUGUUUAUUGUCUCAUGUGAGACAGGCCGGGUGGUUUAUGUCUCUGACUCAGUGACCCCAGUUUUGAACCAGCCACAGUCUGAAUGGUUUGGUAGCACACUCUAUGAUCAGGUGCAUCCAGAUGAUGUGGACAAACUUCGUGAGCAGCUUUCCACCUCGGAAAAUGCCCUGACAGGGCGUAUCCUUGAUCUGAAGACUGGAACAGUGAAAAAGGAAGGUCAACAGUCAUCCAUGAGGAUGUGUAUGGGCUCAAGGAGAUCAUUUAUUUGCCGUAUGAGGUGUGGCAGUAGCUCAGUGGACCCAGUCUCCAUGAAUAGAUUGAGCUUUGUGAGGAACAGAUGCAGGAAUGGACUUGGCUCUGUGAAGGAUGGGGAACCUCACUUUGUGGUGGUCCACUGCACAGGCUACAUCAAGGCCUGGCCCCCAGCAGGUGUCUCCCUCCCAGAUGAUGAUCCAGAGGCAGGCCAAGGGAGCAAAUUUUGCCUAGUGGCCAUUGGCAGACUGCAGGUAACUAGUUCUCCCAACUGUACAGAUAUGAGUAAUGUUUGUCAACCAACAGAGUUCAUCUCUCGGCACAACAUUGAGGGAAUCUUCACUUUUGUGGAUCACCGCUGUGUGGCUACUGUUGGCUACCAACCACAGGAACUCUUAGGAAAGAAUAUUGUAGAAUUCUGUCAUCCUGAAGACCAGCAGCUUCUAAGAGAUAGCUUUCAACAGGUGGUGAAAUUAAAAGGCCAGGUGCUGUCUGUCAUGUUCCGGUUCCGGUCUAAGAACCGAGAGUGGCUCUGGAUGAGAACCAGCUCCUUUACUUUCCAGAACCCUUACUCAGAUGAAAUUGAGUACAUCAUCUGUACCAACACCAAUGUGAAGAACUCCAGCCAGGAACCAAGGCCUACACUGUCAAACACAAUCCAGAGACCACAGCUAGGUCCCACAGCUAAUUUACCCCUGGAGAUGGGCUCAGGGCAGUUGGCAUCCAGGCAGCAGCAACAGCAAACAGAACUGGAUGUGGUAUCAGCAAGAGAUGGACUGGCUGGCUACAGUCAUUCCCAGCCUGUGACAACCACAGGGCCAGAACACAGCAAGCCCCUCGAGAAGACAGAUGGUCUGUUUGCCCAGGAUAGAGAUCCAAGAUUUUCCGAAAUCUACUCCAACAUCAAUACGGAUCAGAGUAAAGGCAUCUCCUCCAGCACUGUCCCUGCCACCCAACAGCUAUUCUCACAGGGCAACACAUUCCCUCCUACCCCCCGGCCGGCAGAGAAUUUCAGAAGUAGUGGUCUGGCCCCUCCUGUAACCAUCAUCCAGCCAUCAGCUUCUGCAGGGCAGAUGUUGGCCCAGAUUUCCCGUCACUCCAAUGCCCCGCAGGGAGCAGCCCCAGCUUGGACCCCUAGCACCCGCCCAGGCUUCUCUGCUCAGCAGGUGGCUACUCAGGCUACAGCCAAGACUCGUUCUUCCCAGUUUGGUGGGGGCAACUUUCAGACUCCGUCCUCCUUCAGCUCCAUGUCCCUUCCUGGUGCUUCUACUGCAUCACCUGGUGCUGCUGCCUACCCUAGUCUCACCAGUCGUGGAUCCAACUUCACUCCUGAGACUGGACAGACUACAGGACAAUUCCAGACACGGACAGCAGAGGGUGUAGGUGUCUGGCCACAGUGGCAGGGGCAGCAGCCUCAUCAUCGGUCGAGUUCUAACGAACAACAUGUCCAACAGCCAUCAGCACAGCAACCUGGGCAGCCUGAGGUCUUCCAGGAGAUGCUGUCCAUGCUGGGAGACCAGAGCAACAGCUACAACAAUGAAGAAUUUCCUGACCUAACUAUGUUUCCCUCCUUUUCAGAAUAGAACUAUUGGGGUGAGGAUAUGGGGUGGGGGAGAAAAAUCACUGUUUGUUUUUAAAAAGCAAAUAUUUCUGUAAAGAGAAUAAAAGUCCCUCUCCCUUCCCUUCCCUCACCCCUAAUGUGUAUCUCCUGCCCCUUCUGGUCUUUCCUUGCCCUUCUGCCUCUGAGAUAACAUUUAUAGGAGAAAUGGGGUGCAUCCUGAAGGCUUUGGGGAUACAUCGAAAAACUGAGACUGGGUGAAGUUAAGAAUGCCUUUCCUUAUGUCUCCUGACCAGAGAUUUGUGCAGAAAUGAUUGUGCUAGGGUCAAGAGGCAGGUUAGAGAACCUGACAUCCACUAUUUGCCUUGGAUACUGUGGCUUGUUUUUGGAAAGAAAUUCUGAAUAAGGUGGGGGAAAGGAGGAAUGUCCUCAUAUUUGAGGACAAUGAAGCAUGGUAGGUAUAUAUAGGGCUUCAGGAAGUGAGCGUAGGCUCUUUCUGCUGCCUGGUGAGUGAGGAAGUGAGAGAGGGAGAAAAGGAGAGAGAGAGAGAAGGAGAGAGAGAGAGAGAGAGAGUGUGUGUGUGUGUGUGUGCGUGUGUGCGUGUAUGUGCAUGUGCACAUGUAUGUUUCUCUGUUUGUUUCUCCCUAUUAGGGAGUUAUGCAAAAUUUGUCCCAGAUUUUAUCUUUGUUUUUCUGUGUAUUCUUCAAAGAGUCCUAAGGAGUUAAAUCUCCUAGGUAUUAUCCACUUAGUAUUGCAGCCAAAGAGUAUUUAAAUAAAUGUCUUUGCUGCACUUAUAUCUAUGCCCAGCCAGUAUGCAACUGUAAGCAAAUAUAUAAAGUCUUCUGUUGAUAUGAUUGGUCUCUCAUCGAACAUAUUUAGUGAUAAAGCUGGGUCAUUCCCACUUUUGGUGCUCUUACCUUAUAUGGAAGAUCGGCAAACAUUACAGGUGUUUAGGGUGGGAAGAUAAACCCCUUUCAAAAAACCCCAUACUUGGCCAUACUUGCUGCAUUUUUCUGUCAGAAUCACAUAUGAUGUGUGUUCUGUAGAGGUUAUUUCUGCAUGGAAACUCAACUUCUUGGAUUAGCAGUCCCAGUGAAAUCUUCACUGCUAGAGUUCAAACCAAAUACCAAGCCUCUUGCAAAGUAGCCUCUUUCAUCCCAUUCUCAAUUCAGUCUGGCUAGAAACUGAGACUUAAGUCUUUUCUGGACGUAUAUACGUUCUUCCUUUUUGCUCCCUCCAAUCUGAAGAUAGGAUUUUGCUUUAUCAUUAAAUCCAUGGGAUAGAUGGGGCCUGGACUCCCAUUCUGACAGGGUCACUGAGUUAACUAUAGCCAUAUAAAAUGCAGAUACCAGUUAUUGUUCUCAUUCUUUACCUUCCUCAGGUAACAGUCAUGUGUAUCAGCCUUUUUUUUUUUUUUUUUUUGAUUGGCUCAGGCCAGUAUCUUAAGUGCAAGACUGAAUUAAAUAAGGAGAAGACAUACUAAACAUAGCCAUAGGAGACUGAGGAGCACAGAUGGCCUUAGAGAGGCUAAGAAAGCAUCAUUACUGGGUUUUUCUCCCUUUUGUCUCCAGUCUGGUGCCAGGUAGUGGAGUUGAAAAGGAGACAGUUUAUUUUUUUAUUCUAUGUGCACACAUACCAUAUACAUAUAUAUUUAUAUCACAAUUUAAGAAACCAAAAAGUUGAGUUUCCAAUGGAGUCCUUGUUUUUUAAUAAUUGACUGUUUUUAAAUGUGAUCAGGACUAUGAUACUGUACAGCUAUUACAGGGCUUUUGGGGAAGGAGAGGGGAGGAAGAAGAUGCUCUGGGGGUUUUGUUUCUGCUUUUCCUUCAGGGUUUUAUUUUUUGAUUGUUUUGUUUUUUUCUUGUUGGCCAUUUCUGUACUGCUGGCAUCUGUGCUGAGCUUUACAGUGGCAAAAAUAAUGACAUGUAGCAAAGAUUUUAAAACAAAAUAUUUUUUCCUUUUGUAAA